AGGAUGAAAACAAUUUUCUGGACUGCGAUUUUAUGCAUGCAUUUGAACUGGGCAGUGUUCAUUAUGAUAAUUAUGUUGUAAACAUCAGGCUACCUUACGGGAAAGGUUAUAAUACAGAUUUUGGUCAACUGAAAUCAUUAAAUAUCGCAGUAAGUACAACCCACUUAUUAAUUAUUUCAACAACUAAUUAAUUGAUGAUAUGUUAUCCUAUUUAUCCUUAAUACAUCGCAUGCAGUUGCUGUACACUAAAUCGAACAUUCAUCAAUCCUCAUUAGAAUUGUAUACAGCUAUUCGCGCUCGUGGACAACCUUAAUUGAAAUGGCUGUACUGUAUAUAAAGACACUUCUUAUUCAACAUGCUUAGGCCUGUUUUAUACGUCGAAUUUCGGUCGCGUCGAAUGCAAUUCAAACAAUAGAUAAUGAAGCUUAAUGAGGUUUAUCAUCUCAUUAUCUAUUGUCUUAAUUGCAUUCGACGCAACCGAAAUUCGACGUAUAAAACAGGUCUUAAGCCGGUUUUCCACUAGCGAAUUUUUUCGCGCGAAGCCCAAAUUUAAGAAAUGAACUCAAAAUUAUAGUAAGUAUACAAAGAAUACCCUUCGAAUAAUAAGCUUUCAAAAAUUGUGAAAUGACUGAUUAAAAGACUGUUUUUACAGUACAUUUCAUAGUAAAUAUCGCGAUUUUCGAAAGCUUAUUACACUGGCCGCAGCCAGUGUUAUAGAAUGCCCUUGCUGAAAAUGCUGUCUUUUUCGGGGUUUUUUUGGUUGUCGCAAGUGUGACUUUCCAUUGCGGCAUCGUGGGCUCAGGAUUAGCCGCGAUUUAGCUAAAACAUGCUCACGGUGAUUAGGACCAAUUCUACACAAUGUUAAUCGAACGAAUUUCGUAUUUAAACAACGUUACAAAGUUUUGAUGCUGUAAUUGUGGGACGUAUUUUAUUAUAUUUAAUUGCGCAUGCGCUUGAACUUUUCUGUGUUUUUCGAUAUGAUAUCGCUGAACUCUAUUGGUUUUGUAUGGAUUUUUAUUGUGCCGUCCUCUGAAUGUUUGUGAUCAUGAAGUGACGGCCGUCACGAAGUGAAGAACACCUACAUGUUUCAAAUUAGAAUAUUGCGAUGGUAUUUUACCAACCGUGAGGCCAGUGUGAACGUCUGAGCAGGCGUCUUGUUAUUCGAAGGGUAUUCAUGUAAACGUCUUCAAACUUUGCAUACUUACUAAUGUUGAGGUGGUCUUUCUAGUGAUUUGGUUCAUUUCUUAAUUUGGGCACUUUUUAACAAUCGUGCCCAGUCCUCUCGUCAACUUCGGAAUGGGUAAUUGUUUGAAACAAGGAAGAAAGAACAUGAGGGGAAAGUGAGAUUAACGAAUGAAGACAUAUGCGAAAUAAUGAUGGGUUCCGCAGAAGAGAGGAUGGGGAAGGAAGACGGAGGACUAGUGAGACAUAGGCAUUUUGGCAGUGUGGCGACCUGUUCUAAACAGAUAUUUUGACUUGGAACUUAUAGUCAAAGGAACGUGCGCGUGCGCGUAAAUAGAUAAUUUGAAAUUGCGUGCAAAAAUGGCAUCUAGUUGUACUAACACGUUAGCAUUCAAAACUUGUUGUCCUAGCCUGAAGACAGGCAGAAAAUAAUAAAAUAUUGAAAAACCUUCCGUAUAAUCUUAUAAUAGAAUUACACAUUAAAUAAUUUAAAAAUUGAUUUUAAAAGUUCCGGGAAACCAAAACUACUCUUACAUACACCUUUGUAAUGCCAAAGUCGAGUGAUGAACCCUAGACUCUCAACGCACAAUUGUAUCUGUCAUGUAUCUGUCAACAUGUAUCUGUCUUAACAUUUUUGUUUUUGUGCUGUCGUUUUAGGAAAUUCAUCAAAAUGGUGGAUUUACCAGAUUGUGGUUUGGUUUGAAAACGGCUCUUGCACCAUUGUUGAUUGCUGCUGUCGUGUGGUUCAAGAAAAGAAUAAAUCGCCUACCUAGAAGACCAUACUUAUUUGAAACGUAAGUACUAUUGUCUUUAAAGAAAAAAUAACAAGAUAUAAGUUAAUAUGAGUUUUGUGCAACAUAUUCGAUAGUACAGUAGGUAUAUGUAAGUGUUCUAUAUCAAAGCAAACACAUCUAAGUUUGGUUAAAAACAACAUGUUCACUAUAGUAUAUUGCGAUUUUAUGAAAAAUAUCAAAAAUUUCUACUAGAUUUUCUUAACCUUUUUUCUUUUUCCAUUUUAGUACCAUAUUCUGGUUGGGUGUUAGCAUUUCUGUUCUUGAUUGUGAGUGAACUCCAUUUACAGCUGUGAUGAACCUUCUGAAAUAUAACAUAGUUUUUUUCACCCUCUUUUUCCCUUUGUAAAAUGUGCUCAGUUGUAUUUUCGUAAUUUCUUUAACCCAUUAAGUUGCAUUGGAGCCCAAUAUGCCCCACUUAUUAUUUUACUCUGUCGAAGGCAGACGAUUUUACUAGUCAUGGGGAGAGCGCUUGCUCUCAUGCAAUGGGUUAAUACAAAAAAAUUAUAACACAUUCACUUUUUUUCUCCAGUUCCAUUGGAAUGGUUUACGUUGUGGGUUAACAUGCCGUUCAUGUUGAUCCUGAGCGACAUCAGACAGGGGAUAUUUUAUGCGACUUUGCUAUCCUUCUGGUUGAUUUUUGCUGGAGAGCAUAUCAUGGUAGCAAUAGUAUUUUGUUUUUAUUCCAUGUUUUUCAAUCCAUGAAUGUUUGUAUGCAUGUAGGAUAAUUUUAAAUCUAUAUGGCGAUAUAUUCCCGCCCUCUUUGUCUACAGUUUCGUUCACACGAUUAAGGCAGUACUAUAACUCUUCAUUCAUUAACACAUGUGAUUCUUCAGGAGUGCCGCCUUUAACCCCUCCACAGAGGUUUUUGUGAUCUAGCCAAGUGCAUAUAUGUUCGCGUUCAGCUAUUUUCUGCCUUAAUGGACAACUUGCAUGUUAGACUAAAUUUUUAUCUAAGUAAAGAGAAGGGAAUCAAACACCACAGCUAAAAAGAACAUAAUGAAAUUAGUAAAAUUGCAAAAUUUGGUUGCGAAAUGUUGUAAAGCUUGGAAAAAAUAGUCUAAAUUGCAAAGUUUGCAAAUUUUGUAUAUGUUUGUAUUAUACGUGCGGAAAUUGUUACCAUUUUUGGCUCAAAAAUGGUAACAAUUUCUUACGUUAAUAUCAUAUUCAAUAUCAUCAUGUCUCACUUCAGGACAGCAGACAAAGAAACAGUUUAAAAUCAUACAGAAAAGAAGUUGUCGCCAUAGUAAUUGGUGCUCUUUCUUUAUUAAUGUUUUUGGAAGUUUGAGUCAUUCAGUGUGGUCAUGUCUUACGUUAAAAUCAUAUUCAAUAUCAUCAUGUCUCACUUCAGGACAGCACACAAAGAAACAGUUUAAAAGCAUACAGAAAAGAAGUUGUCGCCAUAGCAAUUGGUGCUCUUUCUCUUCUCAUUUUUGAUUUAUGUGAGAGGUGAGUGCUUUCGUUUUCUUCAUGUAAUUCUUAACAUGAUCUUUAAUCUAGUCCGAGGUGAUUUAUGUAUUGCCAUGCAGCGCUGUUGGAUAAGUAUUUCAUUGACAGAAGGUCAAGUUAGAUGAAGUGAAGGGUUGCAGGGAACUCUUCUGAAAAGGUUACUUUCCACAUUCAUGUACCACAAUCUGCCAGUUGAAUUUAACCUUUGGCCAACAUAUAGGUUGUAGUGGAAUCUUGGAACCUAAAUUUUUGGGAACGAGAGAGAGAGCUGACGAUGAUCAUAAAUGUUUUGAUUCUAGGGGAAUUCAACUCAGUAACCCAUUCCAUAGCAUUUGGUCUAGCGAAACAGGCAAAAAAGCAGCAGUAUCCUUUUGUUUUUAGUGGUGUCCUGUUACUAGGUUAUGAAUAUACCAUUUGAUGAAGGUAUACUGUCUCAUUUACAGUAUAAUUAAAAAGGUUAGAAUAUCGCAUUCGUGUAUAUCUUACUGAAAGAAGGCAUAUCUGUAAGAAAAUUUAUAGAAUUUAUGAUAUAUACUUACGUUAUCUUACAUUUGAUAUUUGCUGUCUUUGGACUGUGGAACACGUGGUAAGAUAAAAACAGUCUAAAGAACAUAUGGGUGCAGCGUUUCGUUUUACAUCUCAGUCUUCUCUAUUUAAGCCACAGGUUGGUCUGGUGUGUUUUGGCCAGCUCGAAAUAUUUGCAGUUUGAUAUGUCGUUUUUACAUUUUCACAAGUUAGUUUUCCUUAAGAAAUAUUUUAGAUGGCAUUCUUAAUAUUUGCUGCCACCGGUGCUUGCCUGUACUUCCUGUUCUUCUUGCUAAUGAUGGCGAAAGUUUUCUUGCACAUCAGUGGCAAGAGGUCAGAAAUUUCCAAAAUGGCUGCCGGUCGAAGAGUUGCAUAUGAGGUAUUAUUUUGAUAUGUUUUAGUUUCCUUAACAUAUUUGUGACGGAUAAAAUACUAAAGCUUAACACUGGAUAGCUCUAUCAAUUCUAAAAUGUUCUCCCUGUUGGUCGACAACCUUGUUCCCACUCGUUGCCCAGGGGUUUUUUUGGCGAGGUAAAAGAGCGUAGAAAACCUUAAAACCAGUUUUAAUAAGAACCAGCCGUUAGUGGUCCAGCGUUACUACAGAAGGAAAACUAAACUAAACUAAUUAAACCACGCGCGUCUUCUAAUAUGUAAAAUAGAGUGUACGGUACCUGAAGUAUUCAGUAUCAUGCUUGUAUAUACAUAAAUCAUUCAUCUACAUUUGCAAUGUUGCAUAUAAACAAAAAUAUUUUUGAAAUCCGCCAUACUUAAUUAGAACCCAGGCUCUCACGCGGAAUUAUAUCACGGCGUGAAAGUCAGAGGUGAAAAAAUGUAUCACUCAACAUGUCGUUAACAUUGUUGUUGCACCAACACCAGCAAAACUAGAAUUUAUAAUUUUCUCAGAAUAAUUGCUUUUCUGAAUAGCUUUGAAGAAAUCUUGCAUGUUUCUCUCAUACUAUACACUUGGCAUUUCCUUGUAAUGACAAGUUUGAUCUUGGGUAAUGGUUCUUGUUAGCCCGAAAUUAGCCCGAAAAAGAUGUAAACACAUCUCAACGUUUCGAGCGAAAAUGUUUCAGAAUGACAAAAAUCAAUAUAAAGAGAUAAAACAUUUUGUACCAAAGGCUCAGUGGGAGAACAUCACUGGAUUCAGUGGGAGUGGCUGGCGUGAACACCGCGCGUGGUCAAACGUCAUGCGCGAGUGUAAGGAAAUGACUGAAAAAACUGUCUGCCAAAAUGAUAGGAGUAAAUAUAGGAAAAGAAAAUCGUUUAUUAUAAGGGAACAACCGAAGGUAUAAAGUAGGAAACUCCCCCGUUUUUUCCUUGUGACGGGAAGAAGUUAUACUGAGUUUACCUCCUCGUAAUUUUCUUAACGAGUUUUGCGAGAGCUUCGUGAAGGCAACACUCCUUCGAGUCUUUCGAGUACAAGCAGUCGAGGCAUUUGACUGCGGUGUCACUGCCGUGUACUUCAAAAAUUGUCUUAUACUACCAAAAGAUGUUUCUAUUUACACUGCGGCCGACCACAAGUUUGAGGAAUUUCAAUCAUGUUAGUUUCUUCCGCAGGUUGUUCCUAAAUGCGAAGUUUGAUUAUAGAUGUACGAAAAUUUAAAUACGAGAAAUCAUGCUCAUGAAAUUUUAAUACACACUAUUUUAGAUUUUCGCAAAAUUUGGUUAUAAUAGUUGAUUCGGCUUGACUCUUGAGCCUGUCCAAAAUCGUGAUCAUAAUUACAUGAGAUUUGUCCAACAGUUGGUUAUAAUCUUUACUAAUCGUUUUUUUAAUUUUUUAGGGAGCGUUUUAUCGAUUUAAAUUUUUGCUGGCGUUCACGAUAAUUUGUGCAGCAUUGACCAUCGCUUUCUUUAUUGCGACGAAUGUGAACGAAGCACACUGGAAAUUUGGAGAGAAAAGGACUAUUGAAAUCUCCAGUGAGUAAACAUGAGGAAAUAUCUUGAUAGAAAAGUUUACAAAGACAUUUAGUACCAACUGCCAAAAAGAACCCGCCAAUUCAUAUCGUCGAGCAUUCUCGUUAGUGUUUGCAAUAUACCACCUCAAUAUUUGCAAUUUUUUAACAUGCUUGGCUGCCACCUAAUUGUAAUAUAAGAGCAAGCAGACAAGCGAAGAAAGAUUGAAGCUUCGUGAACAAUCGAACAAACAGCCAUCUCUACAAUCUUUGACAAUAUAGAUUGGGACGAUCUAGUUUUCACAUGCAUUCGGUUGUAAUAUACCAUUCUCUGAUACAUAUUUUCCGCCCUCCCUCUCCCCACCCGUUUCAAUGUUGGCGCCGCGUAUCCAGACAUCAGAUUUUUGUUGGCCCAACAUUGAACUGGGGGAACGGGGGCGCUAUUCCUUUCAAAUUAUAUGAAAUUACAGCAGCUGUCCCAUGGUUUCUGGCAAAGAUUGUAGUUCUGUUAAGUAGUACACUUAUUACCUCCUGUUAAUUAGUAUUGCAUGGUUUUGAUGUAAUUUGGAAGAAACAUGCACGAGUGAGAUUUUCAAAAACGAUUGAAACUGACAAGAAGCUUCCAUUUUUCGUCGUCUGUCUGUUGCCCUUAUUUAACAACUAGGAAUAUUCAGCUUCAGAAUAAAUUAACCCGAAAAUCACGCGAAGUUGGUAUAUUACAGACACCGAAGUCGAACGCCACACUGUCAGUUUUAUUUUAUCGAUUUUAAGAGGUUGGGGAAAUUUGAUGGCAGGCAAAAUGAAGGAUUUGGAGCAGCGCGAUCGUUCAUUCUGCAAACAUGAGGUUUCGCCAAUUAGCUUGGUGCGUAGAUGUGAGAUGGCUGGCGCCUUAUUAAUCACAUUUGUAUAUGCGUUUGUUUUGGACGGGAAUGAAUUCCUCGACAAAUUCUUGUUGAACUCGUCAUUGUCUGUCAGCCUCGUCCCCGGGUUCCAACUCAGACGCGCGGAUUCGCGGCGCGACGCAGGCAGUGACGGCAGUGGACGGGUUUAGCAAAUCAAAGCGCGUGGGGACGAGGCUGAUUGUCUGUGGUGACUGAUACAGUAGACAACUCGAACUUUAACACAAUUCUUGCAUGGGUACAUUGAAAAAAUAGGUACAUUCUACCGUUGUCGUUCACAUUAUGACGUCAUGACGUCGUAGGACCAAAAAAUGGCCCAUGAGCCGCCGAGGCGAGUGGAUCAAUGAUGCAUUUUCUUACCAUGUUAUGGAGCAAAAUAUCACGUGUUCUCUGCUACCGGCCAUUAAUUUUAAUGUAAAUUGUCUAUAUAUUUCUCAAAAAAACACGUAAUGUUUUCUCGUUUUUAAAACACCCUUGUCAACAAUAAGAACGCCUGCAUUACGCAAGCGCAGCAGUUAUAAUGAUUUGUUCCUUAAUUAGCUAAACUAUAAAGCUCGCAUCGAAACGUUUUGGGGCUUUGAAGCGCGAUGGACAGAUAUCUAUACCUCGUUUGACGUGAUCCGUGAUGAAUAUAUACAAAACAAAGCACGCCAUUCGUUCGUGACAAUUCUGAAAGAGCUACUAUUGGCGUAAUCUGUGCGACUGUUCUAUUAUUAUAUAAAUACCGUACAUAUAAUUAUUAUUUUAUUUUUCUCUUCACGUUAGGUGCCUUUAUUGCUGGUAUAUACGGUCUGUGGAACAUCUAUGUGUUUGCAAUCCUGGUUCUUUAUGCUCCAUCCUCUAAAGCAACUACAACUCAUAACAUCGAGCUCAAUGACGAUGUGUCAGAUGAAGGCACAAGUGAUACACAACGUUUUAUAACUCAACCUGUAAAUGGCGAAACCUCUCUCAUAUAUUCCAUUGCCGGCAAAGGAAGUAUCGAGUAACACUGUAGUUUUUAGCUGUCGGAAGGUGAAAGGAGGAAAUAUGAAUAGUUUACUCUCUAGGGCAAACCCGGUAACGAUAUUCAAAAUCCUGACAAGCAAUAAUUCUGCUACGUAGAUGCUGGAGCUAUUUUGUAGUUGUAAGUAAGGAUUAGUGCCAGCUUGAGAACUUAUGACUCGUAUAUUUUUGCUUUUCAAUGUAGGAAGAAAGCAUUCUGAUUAUUAAGAUAUAUACCAUUUAAUAUUGUAAGUUU